GAACCGGGAUCUCAUCAUGGAUUUCCAGCACAGAGCCGGAGGGAAAACCGGCAGCGGCGGCGUCGCCUCGUCGUCCGAAAGCAACCGAGACCGGCGUGAACGCCUGCGACAGCUGGCCUUAGAGACCAUAGACAUCAACAAAGACCCGUACUUCAUGAAGAACCACCUGGGCUCCUACGAGUGUAAACUGUGUCUCACGCUGCACAACAACGAGGGAAGUUACCUCGCUCACACGCAAGGCAAAAAGCAUCAGACCAACUUAGCAAGACGAGCUGCGAAAGAGGCGAAGGAAGCGCCAGCUCAACCUGCUCCAGAGAAAGUCAAGGUUGAAGUGAAGAAGUUUGUGAAAAUCGGGAGACCGGGUUAUAAAGUAACGAAACAAAGAGAUCCAGAGUGUGGACAGCAGAGUCUGCUUUUCCAGAUUGAUUACCCAGAGAUAGCAGAAGGUAUCGGGCCGAGGCAUCGCUUCAUGUCGGCGUAUGAGCAGAGGAUCGAGCCUCCAGACCGUCGCUGGCAGUAUCUGCUGUUCGCAGCCGAGCCGUACGAAACCAUCGCCUUCAAGGUUCCCAGUCGUGAGAUCGAUAAGGGAGAGACUCGUUUUUGGACACACUGGAACAGGGAAACGAAACAAUUUUUCCUGCAGUUUCACUUUAAGAUGGAGAAGUCUCUGGCUGCUCCUCCGGGUCAGACGCCGUCGCUCGGUGUGAAGCGUCCACCUUCCAUCAUCUCUGGACUCGGUCUGCAUCCACACAGUGACUCCAUGCCGCCCCCCCCAGGAGGAAUACAUGGCAUGCCCCCCGGAGCCCACAUGCCCCCACACAUGCCCCCCCCAGGAGCCCUGCCUCCUCACAUGAGGCCCCCGCUGCCCCGCGACCUCUGAGUGACGCUCUGCUUGAAGCUUUUAUAUAUAAUGCAUUAAUAAACCAUUUCACCUUAUAAUGCAUGUAUAUGACCUCAUGAAUAAUUGCAACCACAGUUAUAAUACUUUUCUAUUCAUUUAUUACAACUUUAGAAAGUGUAAUGCAUUAAAACACAAACAGACCUUCAAAUAUUGUAAUGCAUUUGAACUACGGUUGCAAUUGUUUAUGAUAAAUAUAAUGCAUCAUGAAUAUUUUUAUAAUGCAUUAUAUGUGAAGGCUUCAAGUGUUAACAAUUGAUCUUUCUAGACAUAUAUUGACGUUAAUUUAGUUUUCAUGAGCUGAAAGUCUCUGAAUAUGUACUGAUUUGACAGUUCUGUUUUUAUGCUUUUUUUAUUAUUAAAACCUUUAAAGUUGACAUGAAA